GAAAGAAAAAGGACGAUCACACUCACUCCAGUACAACACUCGUAACAGAUUGGACAGUCCUUUCAUGGAGAAUGUCUAACUGGACCGCAAAAGUGAAUGUUUCUGCCAUGAUAGAGGGAAGCUAUCCUUGGACAUCAAUACCAAGAAGUCUCGCCAUCGCGGUCUCCGUGAUGUUGUCGAUGUUGAUUUUGGCGGGAGCUUUUGGAAACGCUUUCGUCUGUAAUCGGCUUCGAAGACGCCGUGACCUUCGCAAAGUGCCACACUACUUGCUCGCCAACCUUUCUUUGACUGGACUUCUAACAUCGCUCCUCGGCAUGCCGUCCCUGUUAUUAGCAACCAUUGUCAAUUACCGUCAGGCUAGCCAUUCACCAGUCGCUGAGAUACUCUGUAAAGUUGGUUUUCCUCUUUCUAUCGGCUGCAUAGCGCUAAAUGCGUUGAGUCUAACUCUUAUGACAAUAGAUCGCCACGAUUGCGUUGUUCGUCCAUUCCGGCGCCGCCUAUCAAGGGAGAAUGUUAAGAAAAUUCUGCUUGUUACUUGGCUCUUGGCCUUCCUUAUUUCUGGUGUACUCCUCGUAUUGUUAAGAAAAGAAAGGUCUGUUUGCUAUACAUGGUUUCCUUAUAACCAGCUUAAGUCUCUUCGAACGAAACAAGGUCAUGUUAUCCUAAAUUACAUAACAGCAAUUGCACAGCUAGACACGCUGGCGAUAGUGCUGAUCAUAGUAAGUCUCUUUCGUGUCGUUAAGACGCUUCGCGCGCCGACUAUUCUACAAUCGACCAACUCAUCCUUUUAUCAGCGCCAGGAGAAACAACUUACAUGGCUGACGUAUAAACUCUGUGGAACUUACAUUUUAUUCAGGUUUCCAUUCCUCAUUUGCAGCAUUGUUGGACGCAACGAGGAAUUUCAAGGGAUGACGCUCAACACCGCUUCUCUUCUGACAGGCGUGACGAUGUAUUCUCCUUUCGUGUUAAAUCCAAUUCUUCAUUUCAAAAUGCUCAGAGUAAGGCAGCCAAACCGUGUUGUUCAUGCCGUACCACAAGCCCCCCAGAUAUAACUGAGAGUAGAAAACACCCGAUCGGACGAAUAAAGAGAAUAAGACCAAAUCGUGAGGUCGAACGUCGCCGAUAUUGUCAAAUUAUUAUAAGGUAGAUAAAGCAAACCACGAGGACGACGGCAACGA